GGGAGCGGGGCCCCGACGGGGGCCGAGGCGGGAGCAGCGCAGCCGGGCUCUAGGGCUCCGACUCCUCCUCCCCCGGCGCCGCCGCCGCCACCGCCGCCCGCCGCACGGGGUCCUAAAGCCGCGCGACUCAAGAGGAUGGUGCGCUUGGCCGCCGAACUGCUCCUGCUGCUGGGGCUACUGCUGCUCACGCUGCACAUCACGGUUCUGCGCGGAUCCGGAGCCGCCGACCGGCCAGACGCGGCCGCGGGCAACGUCAGCGGGUCUCCGCUGCAGAAUAACCUCAACCUGGAGAGUGAUUCCACAUCAGAAACCAGCUUUCCUCUGUCCAAAGAAGUCUCAGGGGAGCACCAAGUUAUCCACCAACCCUCCCCUAGACAGCGAUUCCCUCAAGAGACUGGGCAUCCUUCACUACAAAGAGACGGCCCCAGAUCGUUUCUCCUUGAUCUACCAAACUUUCCAGAUCUUUCCAAAGCUGAUAUCAAUGGGCAGAAUCCAAAUAUUCAGGUCACCAUAGAGGUGGUCGACGGUCCUGACUCUGAAGCAGAAAAGGAUCAGCAUCCAGAGAAUAAACCCAGCUGGUCAGUCCCGGUUCCUGACUGGCGGGCCUGGUGGCAGAGGUCCUUGUCCUUGGCCAGGACAAACAGCGGGGACCAGGACUACAAGUAUGACAGUACCUCAGAUGACAGCAACUUCCUCAAUGUUCCUAGGGGGUGGGACCAUCCAGCCCCAGACCACCGGACUUUUGAAACCAAAGAGCAGCCAGAAUAUGAUUCUACAGAUGGUGAGGGUGACUGGAGUCUCUGGUCUGUCUGCAGCGUCACCUGUGGAAAUGGCAACCAGAAACGAACCCGUUCUUGUGGCUAUGCAUGCAUUGCAACAGAGUCAAGGACCUGUGACCGUCCAAACUGCCCAGGAAUUGAAGACACCUUCAGGACAGCAGCCACCGAAGUGAGUCUGCUUGCGGGAAGCGAGGAGUUUAAUGCCACCAAGUUGUUUGAAGUUGAUAUGGACAGCUGUGAGCGAUGGAUGAGCUGCAAAAGCGAGUUCUUAAAGAAAUACAUGCACAAGGUGAUCAAUGACCUGCCCAGCUGUCCCUGUUCCUACCCCACUGAGGUGGCUUACAGCACGGCCGACAUCUUUGACCGCAUCAAGCGCAAGGACUUCCGAUGGAAGGAUGCUAGUGGACCCAAAGAGAAACUGGACAUCUACAAGCCUACUGCCCGGUACUGCAUCCGCUCUAUGUUGUCCCUGGAGAGUACCACCCUGGCUGCCCAGCACUGUUGCUAUGGGGACAACAUGCAACUCAUCACCAGAGGCAAAGGGGCAGGCACACCCAAUCUCAUCAGCACCGAGUUCUCCGCUGAGCUCCACUACAAAGUGGACGUUCUGCCUUGGAUCAUCUGCAAGGGUGACUGGAGUAGGUAUAAUGAGGCCCGGCCUCCCAAUAACGGACAGAAGUGCGCAGAAAGCCCCUCUGAUGAGGACUACAUUAAACAGUUCCAAGAGGCCAGGGAAUACUAAAGCAAUGCUGGUUCGGAGGCACAAAUGCACUGAUCUGCCAACUGUCACCCAGUAUUUUUUAAGCCACAUUUUUGUACAUUUGUAAAUUCCACUUGAGUAUCUUUCUAAGUACACCAGGGGCAUGCUCCGGGUCUGAGGGACUGCUGUAUCCAUUGCCUACAAACCCUGUUGGAAGUCCUGACAGUGGCUGUGCAGGCAGGAAGAGGAACCUGGAAGCCAUAGUGGGUGUGGUUCAAUUCCCACCUCCGUCCAGUGCACAGGAGCACAGAGACUGAGACUGUAAACAUUAUAAGCGGUUUUUAUAUAUAACUUAUUUAAUACAAAUGUGACUUAAGCUUUCCCUUUUCUCUGGAGUUGACCUUGUAAAAAUUAUUUAAUCACUUCUGAGAGAGUUCAAAAAGGAAAGAACUUCGGGGAAUGGGGAGAAAAGGAAUGUUGCAGUGGAAAUGCAUAAAAACGAGAAACCAGCCACCUUACACCGGGUGCUCUUUAGCCAUAAAGUGUUUGCUGGAGUCACAGAGUCCAAUCUUUUCUUGCCUUAGACUAGGCAAGGGGUGAGUAGUAAGUGAAUGUUUAGAGUCAAAUCUAAGACUUGGUUUUAAAUGACUUUAAAACAAAUGAACCCUGUGAUUCCAGUAAGGAUGGUCUUAACAAGCUCAGGAGACUGGAGAAAGUUUCAGGCAUAAAGCAAGGAGUGGUACUUUCCAAAAGAAAAAAGCAAAACAAGUGGGAAAAUAAUAUGGGCCCCAUUUUAUCUACUUUAUUUUAAUAUAACAACUUUUCUCUACCAAUAUAUUCCCAGUAAAUAAAUAUAAAAGGCGGUGGUAGGAGCUGAAGUCCGGGAAAUACUACAUUUUUAUGUUUUAAGAAAGAAAAAACUGCAUUAUUUUUGUAAAGUAUUUAUUGAAUCUUUGGAUAUUGUGCAUUGUGCAGCAAUAAAGCAGUCCAGUUACGUGAGUGUAGAACUAGAGGACAGAUGAAAAGUUGGUUCUUAGGCAAUCUUACUUGCAAAACUCCAGGAAAAGAGAUAUAUAUUAAAACCAUAAUAAAAUGUGUUACCUGCAUCCUUGAUUUGUGAUACAAAUAUUGUAAUUACUCCAAGGGAAGCAGGGCUUUCAUGGGAGAAAGCUUCAACCCAGGUAGGAAUAAAAGACUCACAAAUGGACUUAUAGUGGCUAGGCAAAGUCAUAACACCAGUGCCAUCAAGUAUAUCUCCCUGUCCCCCAAUUAGCUCAAGACAAUUGGCACACAUAUGGUAUUUUUUUUCUCAUCAAGAUCCAAGAAAACGAAGCUAGAGCAAAGAUUUAAGUUGGGCAAGGCUACUCCAGACAGAAUACAGAAAUGCAACUAACAUGCAGAACUAUUUACAAUGCAAAUCAUUCUUUCGUCAGAUGAGGGAAACCAAAGGGCAGAAAGCACAAACCAUACUCCUUGUAUCCCUGGUGGUUUUGAAGUUCUUGACCACACACUCAAGUUCUCUGGUAAAAGUGUGUUCCUAUGGCAAAGCCCUUGUUAGUUUUUUAUACGUUAGAAUGAAUUAUUUACUGAGGCAAUAACCAUUCUAUUAUUUAUAUUUAGGUUCUGCAUCUCGUGAUGGAAUAAUAAUUCUUGUUUUGGGCUGGAGAUGGUUCAGUAGUAAUUAAGAACACGUACUGCUCUUGCAAAGGACCUGGGUUCAUUUCAUAGAAACCACAUGGUGGCUCACAUUCAUUUUUAACAUUCCCAGGGGAACUGGCACCCUCUCUUGCCCUCUGUGGAUACCAGGCAUGCAUGGUACACAUAUAUCCAUGCAGACAUUCACACGUACACAUAAAAAUAAAAACCUCACCAAGCGGUGGUGGCAUACUCCUUUAAUUUCAGCACUUGGAAGGCAGAGGCAGGUAGAUCUAUAUGAGUUUGAGACCAGUCUGGUCUACAGAGUGACUUCCAGGACAGGCUCCAAAGCUACACAGAAAAACCCUGUGUCAAAACAUCAAAUACAUAAACAAACAAGCAAGCAAACAGACAAAUAAAUAACUCUUUUUUUAAUGUCUUAUUCACAUCUGAAGGAGUGCUAAGCAAGUGAACCAGCAGAGAGAAUAAACGGUCCAUAUAUCAGAGAAGAAGAGAGCUUGGUUUGCAAUAUAGUAGAAAACAUCUUAAAAGAGAAUUGUCUGGAAAUAGAAUGUAUUACCUUUGAGCUGAUUGUUUUCUUGCCAGGAAACACAGACAAGCAAAAGCCAGAGAUAAGCCAUGUGGGAAGUUCAGCUGAGUAGCAUGGAGGGCCCUCCAUGAGCAUGUCCUAGAGCAAGUCCAAGGCUGUGGGGAAACCCUUCUG